AUGUCUGAACAAGCUACAUCCAGUCCUGCUAAUGCUGAAGGUAAACAAGAACAAAACCAGCAGCAUCAGACAGGAGCUAAUUUGGACCAAAACAACCAAGUUGAGGCCCAAAACCAGAACAAUCAAACUCAAUCAGCUACAGGAGCCAAUAACGAUGCUAACGAAGAGAUGUCCAUAGAGGAUAGAAUCUUCGAGCUCGAAAUUCUUUCCGCAAAUGGCGAUAAAAAUGCAGAGAUUGAACGCCUUCGCCAGCUACAGGCUGAAGAAAAGAGACGCGCUAUUGAAGAAAAGCGCUUGGCUGAGAAAAAGAAAGCUGAAGAAGAGAAGGAGAAGCUUUUGCAAGAUCAGAAAGAACAAAAAUUACGUGAAGAGCAACGCAAGAAAGAACAACUUCGUAUCAACAAAGAACAGAAACUCGAGCGUAAGAAACAGCAGGAGAUGAAAGAGGCUAACAAGAAGCAGCAACAAAAUUCUAAACCGGCCAAACCGGUAAAAGAAGAAAAGAAGCCCGAACCUCAAGAAGAGGUUCCAGCCCCUGUUACAGAAGAGAAGAAGCACGAGGAAGCUCCUAUCUCCGAGGCUGAAGAGAAGAGAAGGGCAGCAGAGCGUCUUCUCCUUGAAGAAUUCGAAAAAGACCAGUUGCUCGAGCAGCAAAAGCGUGAACAAGCCAAGAAGCGUAACCAAGCUCCUAAGCAACAAGAAAAGUCAAAUGUUCUAGAUGCAAAAUCUCUUCAACAGCAAAAGCAGCAGGAAGAGAAGCUUCGUAAGGAGCAAGAACAGAAGCGCCUUGAAGCAGAGCGUAAGGCUAAAGCUGAAAAGGAAGCCCAGGAAAGGAAAUUAGCUGCAGAACAACAAGCUCCAAAGAUCGAACAAACUACAAAGCCUGCUAACAAUCAGCGCAGUGGUCAUCAACCAGCUAGAGGUCCUCGUUCUCCAGCUAGACCAAGACAACAAAAUCAACAAGAAAAUCCAAGGAAGGAAAACAAGAGACAAAAUGGUCGUCGUGGUAAGAGAGAUAAUGCUCAAAAUAACGAAUUACUUCAACAGCAACCACAAGCUGCACUUCCUCAAAUGCAGGCCCAAGUCAUGCAGCCACAAGACAUGACAUUCUCAUCAUUCUCACCAUUCAACAGUGCUGUACAAGAGUCCCUCGAAUCUCAGCGCCGUGAAGCAGAGGAAGCUGAGAAGAAGGAAGAGCAAAAACGCUUAGAGAAAAUUGCUAAGCAAAGAGAAGAAGAAGAGAAACGCCGCAAGGAAGAGGAAGAAAAGGCCGCUGCCGAGCGCGAGAAACAAGAAAGAAUUGCUAAACAGCGCGCAAUUGAAGCCGAAAACUCAAGAAAGAAGAAGGAAGCUCAAUACUUGAAGGACCAAGCCAAGUUUCAGGAAAGACUGAAGAGAAAGGCUGAAAAGGAGGCUGCAAAGAAGAACAAGUCAGGCGCAAAGUCUCCAAAGAAGGAAGAAAAGCCAGUCGAGCAAGCUCCAGUCGUUCAAGAAGAAGUUAAGGCUCCAGUUCCAGAAGAAGAAACAGCUAACCAGAAGGAAUUGCAACAGAAGCUUGAAGAAGAAAGAAAGGCCGAACAAGAGAGAAAGGAAGAAGCAGAAUUCAUCAGAGCUGCUUUAGAAAUCAAGCCAAAAAACGUUACACCAGAACAAAAGGCAUUCCUCGAAGCUUACGACAAGGAACAAGCCGAAAAACUUGCUCAGGAAGAAGCCAGAAAGAAGGCUGAAAUCGAAGCUGCCACACGCGAACUCCAUCGCCAAGAGGAACUCAAGCGCCAGGCAGAAGAGGAAGAAGCCAGAAGAAGACAAGAAGCUGAAAAGGCCGAACAAGAAAAGAAGCGCCAGGCAGAACUUGCCAAGCGCAAAGGUGCUAAGGUCGCAACAGUUAAGGCUGAACAAGACAACGCUAAGAUCGAGCAAGACUACCUCACAAGACUAAAGGCCCAGCAAGAAAAGGCUGAAGAGGACGCUAAGAAGGCAGAAGAAGAGGCCAGGAAGAAGGCUGAAGAGGAUGCUAAGCGUGCUGAAGAAGAGAAGCGCUUAGCCGCCAUCAGAGCCGAAGAAGAGAAGAAGCGUGCCGAAGAAGAAGCCGAAGAAGCUCGCAAGAACCGCAUUCUCGAGAACGAAAAAUUCCAAGCUCGUAUCCAAGAAGAGCGUCGCGAGAAAGAACGCAAACGCCAAGAAGAGAUCAAACGUCGCGAAGAAGCACGUCUUGCCAAGAUUGCUGCUGCUCAGGAAGAGUUGAGAAAGGAGAAUGAAGAACUCAUCCAGAAGCGUGCUCAGGAAGAAGCUCGCUUAGCUGCUGAAGCCGCUCGCAAGCAGAAGGCUGAAGAGAAGCGCCUCGAAAAGGAGCGCAAGGCAGCUGAGAAGAAGGCAGCCAAGCAGAAGAAGGAGAAGAAAGAAAAGAAGCCAGAAGUUAAGAAGGUUGAACAAGUCAAGGAGGAAAAGGUCGAACAAGUAGAUCCAGAACUCCAGAAGAAGCUCGAAGAGCAGAAGAAGAGAGAACAAGAACGCCGUGAGGAAGCAGAUUUCAUCAAGUCUAUCAAGGAAUUCAACCCAGAAAAGCUCACAGAAGAACAGAUUAAGUUCCUCGAGGAGUACGAGAAGGAAGAAGCUGAGAAGCAAGCCGAAGAAGAAGCUCGCAAGAAGGCCGAGCAAGAGGCAAUCACAGCUGAACUUAUCCGCCAAGAGAAGGAACGCGAGGCUCAAAUCCGCGAAGUCGAAGACGCCGAAGUCAUUAGAAAGCGCCAGGAAGAGCUCGCCAAGAGAUCUGGCAAGACUGAAGCUCAGAUUCGCAUCGAAGAGAAGGUCCGCUUAGAGCAGGAACUCCUCAGAAAGAGCCGCGAAGCUCAAGAGAGAGCUGAAGCCGAAGAAAAGGCAAGAAAGGAAGCCGAGAGAAAGCGCAUCCAGGAAGAAAAGAAGCAAGCCGAAGAAGCAAGAAAGAGAAAGGCUGCUGAAGAGGCAAAGAUCAAGGCCGAACAGGAUAAGAAGAAGGCCGAAGAAGAUGCAAAGAAGGCAGAAGAAGAGGCCAGGAAGAAGGCUGAAGAGGAUGCUAAGCGUGCUGAAGAAGAGAAGCGCUUAGCCGCCAUCAGAGCCGAAGAAGAGAAGAAGCGUGCCGAAGAAGAAGCCGAAGAAGCUCGCAAGAACCGCAUUCUCGAGAACGAAAAAUUCCAAGCUCGUAUCCAAGAAGAGCGUCGCGAGAAAGAACGCAAACGCCAAGAAGAGAUCAAACGUCGCGAAGAAGCACGUCUUGCUAAGAUUGCUGCUGCUCAGGAAGAACAGAGAAGACUUGAGGAGGAAGCCAAGAAGAACCAAGCUGCCACUCAACAGUCUACACAGGUUUCCAACAGAAAGCUUCGUGAAGAGCAGAAGCGCCUCGAGAAGCAGAAGAAGCGCGAAGAGAAACUCGCAGCUAAGAAGGCCAAGGAAGAGAAGCAGCGCAAGGAAGAAGAAGAGAAGGCCCUCAAGGAGCAGCAAGCCAAGCAGGAAGAAGCCGAUCGCAAGGCUAAAGCUCAGCAAGAAGAGGAAGAGCGCCAGAAGGCUCUCAAGGAAGAACAGCGCCGUAUUAAUGAAGAGCGCCAGAAGCAGAGAGCUUUAGAAUUCGAGAAGCAGCUCAUCGAGCACCUCGGCAUUGAUAACAAGGAUGGCAAGUACAAGAUCACAGAAAACACAGAUCUUGCUGAAGUCCAGAAGCAAAUGAAGGCCGAAGAAGAGAUCGAUGCACGCGUCCAGAAGGAAAUUCAAGAAGCCAAGGACGAAAGAGAUGCUAAGAUCGAGAAGGCAAACAAGGAUGUCCACGAGAAGCAAUCUCAGAACAGCGCACUCAUCGCUGAAGAGAAGAAGAUCAUCGCCGACAUCAAGGCUGCAAACAAGAAGGCCAAGGAAGAGCAGAAGCGCAUGCAGUUCCGUAUGGAGGAAGAACGCUUCCGCCGUAUGGAAGAGCAGAAGCGUAGACAGGCCGAGAACGAAGCAAAGAAGGCUGAAGCCCAGAAGGAACAGCAGAAGCGCAACCAGCAAGAGCGCGAACAGCUUGAUGAACUCAAGUUCACACAAGACAUGAUCGACGCUCUCAAGGAAGCACGGAAGGAAGUUCCUCAGAACCUUCUUGACGACAUCGCCCGUAUCAACAAGGAGAUCGAGGCAAGAAAGGCAGAGCAGGCCAAGGCCGACGAAGAAGCCAAGCAAGCUGCUGAGAGAGAAGCCGCCGAGUUGAAGGCAGAAGAGGAAGAGAAACUCGCUGCUUUGAAGAAGGCUGAAGAAGAAAGCGAAGUCUCCAAGCUCAACAAGCAAAAGGCUGAACACGUCGAACUCAUGAAGAAGGCUGAAGACGAUCUCAACGCAACAAUCGCUGCAUCCGAAGCUGCUAAGAAGGAAGCAGAAGAUACUUGCGAAGAGAAGAUCAAGCAGAUUCUCGCAAAGGCCGAAGCCGAGAAGAAGGCACUCGAAGAAAACAGAGUUGCCAACGAAGAGAAGCGUGUCAAGGAAGCCGAAGAGAAGGCAAAGGCUGAAGAGGAAGCCAAGCGCCUUGCUGAAAUCAAGCGCGAAGAGGAAAGAAUCGCUGCCCUCAAGCGCCAGGAAGAGCAAAUGCGUGCUGAACAGAAGCGCAAGGAAGAAGAGAGAAAGGCUGCUGAAAGAAAGGCCGAACAGGAAAGAAUCAACAGAGAAAAUCUCGAGAAACUCCGUAUCGAAGAGGCCAAGCGCCAGGAAAGAGAGGCCAGAAUGGAAGCCAAGAGAAAGGCCGCAGCUUUAGCCCAGAAGGAACGCGAAGAAGAGAAGCGCCGCAGGAAGGCUGAAAUCGAAGCCAAGAGAAAGCAAGCUCAGAAGAAGGCUGAAGAAGAGCAGAAACUCAAGGCAAACAAGGCUAACGAAGCCGAGGAAGCUAGAGCCAAGCUCACAAAGGAGGAUAAGAAGCGCAUUGCUGAAGAAAAGAAGCAACAGCUUGAGGACGACAUCGAGAACCAAUUCAAGGAACUCGCAGCCAAGCUCAACAUGGAGCUCCCAGAGGACGAAGUCCAAGAGAAGGAGAUCCAGGCAACACUCAAGGAGCGCUCUGUUCCAACAGACCUCUUAGAGGGAAGUGCUGUCGAUGUCGAGGAAGUUAAAGCUCCACAGAAGACAGAAGCUCCAACACAGGCUGAAAUCGAGCAACAAGCAGCCGAAGAGGAAGCCGAGAAGAAGCGCAAGGAAGAGGCUGAACAACGCCGCCAGGAAAGACUCGCACGCGAAGCCGAGAAACAGGCAAGAAAGCAGGCAGAGCGCGAGAAGAGAAAGGCUCAAUUAGAAGAGAAGAAGGCUCGUGCUGAGAAGAAGCGCCAGGAAGAAGAAGCUAAGCGCAUGGCAAUCAAGGCCGAGGAAGACAAGAAGAAGGCUGCUGAAGAGGCAAAGAAGAAGGCUGAAGAAGACAAGUUGAAGGCCGAACAAGAAAAGAAGCGCCAGGAGGAAGAAGCCAAGAAACUUGCUGAAGAAGAGAAGAUGAUGGCAGAACUCAAGGCACAACAACCAGCCAAACUAGUCGAAGAACAGAAACCAGCUGAACAACCAAAGGUUGAAGAGCAAAAGCCAGUCGAACAGCCAAAGGCUGAAGAACAGAAACCAGCUGUUGACGAGAAACAAGCAGAGAAGGACAGAAAGGUCCAGGAGAGACAGGCAAAGCGCCAGGCCAAGAAGGAGAAACAACAAAAGGACAACAAAAAGCGCCAGCAACAACAGCAACAAAAGAAGGCCGAAGAACAGAAGCCAGCUGCUGCCAAGGAAGAAGCCAAACCUGUCGACGCCAAGGAAGAACAGAAGAGAAUUGCCGAAGAAAGGAAGGCUGAAGAAGAGAAGUGUCUUGAGGAAGAGUUCGCUCAACCAUUAGUUGAGCCAAAGUUCCCAUCAAAGAAGCAACAGCCAGCACCACAGCCAAAGCAGCAACCACCACAGCCAAAGAAGAAGGAAUUCACAGAAGAAGAAAGGAAGGCUCACCAGGCAGAACUUGACAGAAAGUUCCAGGAGAGACAGGCAAAGCGCCAGGCCAAGGAAGAAGAGAAGCAGAAGCAAAAGGAAGCCAAGGAACAAGCCAAGCGUCUCGCUGCCCAGAAGAAGGCUGAGGAAGAAAAGAAGCAGGCAGAACUCGAGAAGAAGCUCUCAGAGUCACUUCAACAGGCUGCUCAAUCCGAAGCCCAGAAGCAGACAGAACAGCAAGCUGCUCCAGAAGUUUCCGAAGAAGAACAAUUCCUUAUCGAACUUGUCAAGGACUUCAUCACAAGUGAAGCCGCUGUUUUCGAGCGCGCCAAGCAGGAAUCCCAGCAUGUUGUCAAGCUUGAGGAGGAGAUCAUCUCCAACGAAAAGCGUGCUCAGAUGGAAGCAGAAAGAGCCGAGAAGAAGAGAAUUGCUGAGCAGAAGGCCGCUGAAAAGAGAGCCAAGAAGGAACAGAAGAAGAUCCAGCAGUUGAAGAGACUCGAAGAGGCUGUCAAGAAGGAAAUCGAAAACUCUAACAACAAGACACCAAAGAACACAAAGGAAGAGCAGAGAAAGCACGAAGAAGAGUUGAAGGCCCAGCAAGAGAAGGAAGCCGAGAAAGAGUUCAUCAAGUCAUUGAUGGAUCAACAGAAGGAGAACGAGCUCAGAGAGAAGGAAGCCAAGGAAGCUGCACAGAGAAAGGCUGAGGAAGAAGUCCGUAAAGCUGCCGAAGAAGAGAGAAAGCAGCGCGAAAACGCCGAAAACUUCAAGAAGCGCGAAGAGAAGAGACUCGCCAAGGAAGCUGCUGAAGCAAAGAAGAAGCAGCGCGAGGAGAAGAGGAAGGAAGAGGAAAGAAAGCGCGCUGAAGAAGAGAAGAAGAAGGCCGCAGAAAAGAAGGCAGAACAAGCUAAUGUUUCAACAGGAAAGGUUAACAAGAAGGCAGAACAGCGCCGCAUUGAGGAAGAAAGAAAGAGAGAACAAGAAGAAAAGAUGUACGCAGCUCUCGAGCGUGCUAUGGCUAUGCAAGAAGCCAAGACACGUGAUAUCGAUGCUGCAGACUUACAAGGAAUGAACGACGAUGCUGCUGCUGAAGACGAUGAUGAUAUUGUUGUUGUUUCAGCCAAGUCUGAACCAAAGAAGGCUGAAGCAGCUAAGCCAGCUCAACAAAAGAAGACUCAACAGAAAGCCGAGGAAGAUGACGAUGAUGUUGUUGUCGUUCCAACCAAGGCCCAACAGAACAAGUCAGAAGUUGCCGCUAAGCCAGCUGAGCAGAAGAAGGCUGAACAAGCCAAGCCAGCUGAGCAGAAGAAGGUUGAACAAGCUAAGCCAGCUGAACAGAAGAAGGUUGAACAAGCUAAGCCAGCUGAGCAGAAGAAGGUUGAACAAGCCAAGCCAGCUGAACAGAAGAAGGCUGAACAAGCCAAGCCAGCUGAGCAGAAGAAGGCUGAACAAGCUAAGCCAGCUGAACAGAAGAAGGCUGAACAAGCCAAGCCAGCUGAACAGAAGAAGGCUGAACAAGCCAAGCCUGCUGAGCAGAAGAAGGUUGAACAAGCCAAGCCUGCUGAGCAGAAGCAAGCUCAACCAACUAAACCAGCCGAACAACCUAAGAAGGCUGAAGAGAAGAAGGUUGAACAAGCUAAACCAGCUGAACAGAAGAAGGUAGAAGAAAAGAAGGUUGAACAAGCUAAGCCAGCUGCUGAGCCGAAGAAGGCAGAGCAAGCUAAGCCAGCUGAACAACCAAAGAAGGUUGAAGAGAAGAAGGCUGAACCAGCUAAGCAAGCACAGCCAGCUAAGCCAGCCGAAGAAAAGAAGGCUGAAACAAUCAAGCCAGCUGAACAACCAAAGAAGGCUGAGGAGAAGAAGGUUGAACAAGCUAAGCCAGCCGAAGAAAAGAAGGCUGAAGUAGAACAAGCUGAUCGCAAGGCCAAGCGUGAGGAAGCCCUCAAGAACUACGAGAAGCAAAGAGAAGAACUCAAGAAGAUGCGUGAGGCAGAGAAGGAGAAGAUCCUUGCUGCAAACAAGGAAGAACUCCAGCAGAUUCUCGCAGAACAGGCUGCACAGAGAAAGGCUAAGCGCGAAGCCGAUCUUAAGCGCAUUGCAGAACUUAAGGCAAAGCGCAACACUUCUAAGCCGCUUUCAGCUGAACGCCAGAAGAGACUCGAUGAUGCCAGACAGAAGACAAGUACUGCAAUUCAAGAGCUCCUCAACUCUGGAAUCUUCGCCCAUUAA